AGGGUUCCGAGGAGAAGCGCAAAAACCCCAAAGCCAGCACCGAUUUCUUGCGGAGAAAUCAUCCUUCGGCCGACUGGUUCGCUCGCGAAGAUCCAGGCUAAAUCAUGGGUGGCGUUUUGGGUUUAGUUCAGGUUGAUCAGUCAACUGUAGCCAUCAAAGAAACAUUUGGGAAAUUCAAUGCGGUCCUGGAGCCUGGUUGCCACUUCUUGCCUUGGUGCAUAGGAGAUCGGAUUGUUGGUUACCUCUCACUGCGUGUGAAACAGCUUGAUGUCCGCUGUGAAACUAAGACAAAGGAUAAUGUCUUUGUAACUGUUGUUGCUUCUGUCCAAUACCGUGCUCUUGUUGAUAAGGCACCUGACGCCUUCUACAAACUAAGCAACACAAAGCAACAAAUUCAGUCCUAUGUCUUUGAUGUCAUUAGAGCCACUGUCCCAAAGCUAGAGCUGGAUGAUGCAUUUGUGCAAAAGGAUGACAUUGCAAAGGCUGUUGAAGAGGAGCUUGAAAAGGCAAUGUCUAUGUAUGGGUAUGAGAUCGUGCAAACUCUGAUAGUUGAUAUUGAACCUGAUGUGCAUGUCAAGAGAGCGAUGAAUGAGAUCAAUGCAGCUGCUAGGAUGAGGUCGGCAGCCAAUGACAAAGCUGAAGCAGAGAAGAUUCUUCAGAUCAAGAGAGCUGAAGGAGAAGCUGAGUCCAAGUACCUUGCUGGUGUGGGUAUUGCAAGGCAGCGUCAGGCCAUAGUGGACGGGCUGAGGGACAGCGUCCUCGCCUUCUCAGAGAAUGUCCCUGGUACCACUGCAAAGGACAUCAUGGACAUGGUUCUGGUGACCCAGUACUUCGACACCAUGAAGGAGAUUGGGGCCUCAUCCAAGUCCUCUUCAGUGUUCAUCCCCCAUGGUCCUGGAGCCGUCAAGGAUGUCGCGUCGCAGAUCAGAGAUGGUCUCCUGCAGGCCAACACUAUCUAAGAGGACCUUCGAAAAGGAUUGCCUUCCGUUUUUCAAGAGUUUUGAAGUUCUUCCAUCAAUAUCCUAGUAGAAGUAUAGUAUUCGAACAAUGUUAGGUAACUUCGUUAGUGAUUUAUCUAAGUGCAUGAACUACUGCUUCAAGCUGUGAAUUUCACACGGUGUUAUUAGUUAUUACCCAGACCGACGAACAACUGGUAAAGACUAGCAUGGAGUGGGUGUAGGAAAGUUUAGGCAGAAUAUUACCUUGAAUGGUACUUUGUUGCAAGUGAUACUUGAUGGCCAGUCUUUAAUGUCGUCUGGUGAUAUUCUUCUAUAAUCUGUGCUAUGCUAUCUCGACCAGGUUGAGCUUAA